AUGGCUGGCGAGCUUCUCUGGGCACUAUUCUUCGGCGUGCUCGCUACGGUUAUUGGCGUCAUCCAGAUCUGGCAAAACCGACGCAAAUACAAAGCAAGAGCCCAGUCUCGAGGAGUGUACACGACUGUCGCAUGGACGGAAUCAGAAAGGAGGUCAUACUUUACCGUCUCGCGCGAUGCAAAUGCCACAAGAGAGUCGUCGUGGGUGAUAUGGGGAUGGUAUCGAGCUCGUUUUGGUGCGAGGAUGUACUCAAUACGGAGCGGGGAUUAUGAGACAACUGCCGCCAGGGCUGGUGGAGGAUAUGCCGUGGAACUGUGCCCUUGA